AUGGCUCCUCAUCUCUCCCUCCUCCUCCUCAUCUUCUCCAGACUCUCAGGUACUCAGGUAGGGGCGUACGGUGUGCAAACUGUGAGUAAGGUGUCUGUGAAGACAGGAAACUACAUCACCAUCCCAUGUCACUAUGAUCAGAGAUACAUACAAUAUGUCAAAUACUGGUGUCAAGGAGAUUACUGGAAUUCUUGUUCUGCUCAUGUACACACGGACCAACCAAAGAUAUCUGGGACGGUGUCAAUCUCUGAUGAUGUCACCCGAAGAAUAUUUUCUGUUAACAUGACUGAUCUGAAGCCAGAGGACUCUGGGUAUUACUGGUGUGCUGUGGAGACUGCAGGACGAGAUCAAAAUACAUACUUGCACCUGUCAGUCACCACAGGUACACCAGAACUCUAUGUGGACCAACAGGAAGUGACUGGAGUAGAAGGAGGGAGUGUCACUGUCCGUUGUUACUAUAGUAACACUGUGGUUAAGAAGUGGGUGUGGUGUAAGAUGGGUAUCUACUAUGUCCCCUUGGUGGGGAGAUAUUCAGGGAUUUUAGAUGGAACAUCAGUGACAUCACAGCAGACCAUUGAUCACAACAACAGACACAUUUUAACAGUGACUCUGAAUGGAUUGAAAAUGGGAGAUACUGGCUGGUACUGGUGUUCCAGAGGAGACAUACCUGUUCACAUCACUGUCAAACAACUGACCACAACACAGAGUACCACACCUACCUCCACCACCACCCCUACCCCCUCUUCCACCAUCAUCAUCUCCACUGUCAAUCAACUGACCACAACACAGACUGACCCCGUCAUUAGUAAGUAA